GGCCGGAACAUGUCUUGUCUUAUGCAGCAGAAGGGUUAAAGAUUUAGCAAGUAACUGGUAGUAUAUAGAGUGCAUCAUGAGCUUGCUAAUCAAAUUAAUCAAACAGUUCUUAUCUCUACGUACCGUACCUUUCUUGUCUUAUUAACUUCACCAUCUCAUCAAAUUGAAGAGCCAACUACCGUCCGCAUGCAGUUCAAACACACCUCAUUCACUCUCAUUACAGAACAACAAACUGAGUUUUGAGUUUCCGAAUGGAUUCUUAUCCUGUAAGAGACGACGGAAGGCCGAUGUUCAAAUCAAAAAUACCCCGGUUUUUCAAGAUUAUUCUUGAUGACGUCCUUCGUGAUGGCAAGCUUCACAUUCCAAGAAAAUUUGUCAGACUCUACGGAAACAAUCUGCCAAGUUCAGUAGUUCUAAAGGUUCCAAGUGGUGCAAAAUGGAAACUAGAAUUAGUGAAAUCUGAGGGUGAGAUUUGGUUCCAGAAGGGUUGGAAAGAGUUUGUCAAGUUUUACUCUAUCGCUUAUCGGUCGUUUCUAGUUUUCGAAUACAAUCAGGAAAAAUCCAAAUUCAAUGUGACGAUAUUUGAUACGAGUGCUUCAGAAAUAGAUUAUCCCUUAGAGAUCGCCAACAGAAGCAAUGAACAGUCUCUUCCUGAGAAAGAGAUUCAUGAUGAAAUUGAAAGUGAUGUUUCGGUUGAAAUCUUGAAUCACAAAACAAAAGGGAAAUCGCCAGUAACAUUACCUCAGCCUCCCAAUAAGAAAAUUAAGCUUGAGAAUUCCGCAGAAGGAAAUAGAGCGAAAACAUUGACAGCUGAAGAAAAAGUUGAAGCACUUAAAAGAGCAGCUUCAAGUUUCAAAUCUAAAAAUCCUUUCUUCAUGGUUGCAAUGCACCCAAGUUAUCUUCAUCUCCGUGUUAAUUAUAGACUGUCUAUACCAGCAAGCUUUGUGAAGAAAUAUUUCAACAAGCAACAAGGCAGAGCCAUUCUUAGUAUUGAUGGGAAUUUAUGGCCUGUUGAGUAUAAGUAUUACGUCUCCGUUGGGAAAGCUUCAGCAGUAGUGAGUAAAGGGUGGAAAGAAUUUGCGAUCCGAAAUCAUUUAGAAAUCGGAGAUGUUUGCGUCUUUGAACUGAUUGAGCCUACUAAUACUACAUUGAAAGUCGCCAUUUUUCGAGAUAGCAAAGAAGCUAUCAAGAGCCCAUCACUUGGAAAUAACAAGAAAAUAAAGGAAGAAGAGAGUUGCGGUGAUAUGAAGACUGUCCAAAGGCAUUUAUGCUCAAAUUUUUCUAAGGCUGUUGAAGCUGCCAACAAAUUUACAUCGGUGAAUCCAUUCUUCAAAGCGAAUAUAUCAUCUUACCUUGGCACAGUGAAUGUACCGUUCAUCGUAUUGUCAAGGUCGGCUGUCUGCCGGAUUUAGUUUAUUUGCAAAGGAAAAUAGUCUGAAAGCAGGGGAUGUUUCAUCUUUGAGUUGAUUAAUGCUGAAUUGCUUCUGCUUAAAGUAACCGUGUUCCGAAACACUGUGAAGUAACUUCCUGGAAACCUUUUAUUUUUGUAGUGAGGAAGAGAUUAGACAGUCUUAUUACUCUAUUAGAUUCUCACUAUUUGUUAUGCUAAUCAACUAAUUUAUGGGUCUGUAAUUGUUUAGAAAUGUUAUGCUUUAUGGUUCUGUAAAAUUGGUACGGAGUUUGAUUUGCUAAGUGGCUCACUUCAAAUUUUUAUUUCCUCCA